GAACUGCAAGUCAAAAUAAUAUGGCUGACAGUCCAACACAGACUGAGUUGGAGGAAGUUCGAAAAGAAGAGAUCGUCGCUCUCUCGAGUAUCUACGAAGAUGACUUUACAUUUAUUAAUGAAGAAAGCGAGUCUUUUGAAAUCAGAAUUACAUGUGAGGAUGAUUUUUGGUGGUCGUUAACCUUGAAAAUUUCGCUGCCAUUAGGUUAUCCUCAAACCGAGCCUCCCAUUCUUGAAGUGUUUGGAGAAUGUCUGACAAACGAUUGCAUUCAAAAAAUGUAUAGCGAGCUAGCAGAUAUAUGGCUAGAAAAUAUUGGCACCUCUGUCGUUUAUUUGUGGGUCGAGAAAUGUAGGGAGAUGCUAUUUGAUGCGAAGACUGUUUCUGGUUUGAGCGAAUCUGCAUCAGCAGAAAGUGACAAAAGCAGAACCACAACUGUGGAUGAUAACUAUAUGCCAGAGGUUACAAGAAAUGAUGAUGUUGAAUUGAGCCCAAAUGAAGACUUCAUCUUGCAACAAGCCAACACAAAGGAGCCAAAAACACAUGGAAACUGGAAGAAAAAAGAUAAUGAUGGUUCGCAAUUUCCUGAAAUUAUUUCUGGUGAGCCAAUAGUUGACAGAAAAAGUACAUUUCAAGCUCAUGUUGCCAAUGUAUUUACAGAAGACCAAGUCAAAGCAGUAAUUAGUCAUUUGAAGGAUAAUAGGAAGAUUGCUAGAGCUUCACACAAUAUCAUGGCAUAUCGAAUUGAGACAUCAAGAAAAGACCAUUUUCUUCAUGACUGUGAUGAUGAUGGAGAAAAUGAAGCUGGUAGUAGACUCAUGCACCUACUUGAGAUUUUAAAUGCUAAGAAUAUUGUUGUCAUUGUUAGCCGGUGGUAUGGUGGCAUUCUUUUAGGGCCUGAUAGGUUUAAACAUAUUAAUAACUGUGCUCGGGAACUUAUUGUUAGCAGUGGCAUUGCUAAUUCAGCCAGUGAACUGAAGGGUAGUUCUGUAGAUGCUAAGAAACCAAGCAAAGGAAAGUCAAAGAAAGCAAACAAGCAUUAACA